UAUGACAGCAACAUUAAGAAUAAUAUGUCUAAAUAGUCAAAUAUUGCCGAAAAUACAAAAUUAGGAUGAUCUCAUUAGAAUUCUCAGUGUAAUUUUUUUUUAUAUAAACUAGUCCUUUCUUACAUAUUUAGUGUCUUUAAUGUGGCUUAGCAAUGCAACAAUCGCCGUUUGAAAAUAUUUUUAAUAUUAUCGGUGGACUAUCGGAAGGGAACGAAAAACCUAUGAAACAUGGGUUCUAUAAUGCCUUCGCCCUAUUUAUUCUAGCAAUAUGCUGUGCGGCCAUCUAUGUGCUAUUUUUAAUCUUGGAGCCCUUUUUCAAACCGUUAUUUUGGGCUCUACUCGUUGGUUCAUUGCUUCAUCCCUUCAAAUAUAAAUUAUCAAAAAAAAUAAAAACAUGGUUUGAAGAUCUUCGUAAAUCCGAUUCGUCUGUGAUAUAUGGUUUAACGUUGAUACCUGUAAAUGUAAUCAAUUAUGCAUCAGAUACAGUAGGACAUCAAUUCAGAGAACAUUAUAAGACUGUAAUAGGGUUGCUAUCUGCAAUAUUUAUAUUACCAUGGCUGUAUGGUGCCAUACCACGCAGUUUCUGCUGUAUCUUCUGGCAGUUAGUCAGCUUCAUCAGUUUUAUUACAACGCUUCUCAUAAAAUUAUGCAGCUCAUACAUAACAAUGACAAUAGCUGUUGCAUAUAUGAUAAGUGUGUAUUUUCUAUGGAGUCCAUCAAGAGCUGGAAUGUUCCGGACAACCUCUCAUAUUCUCUGGCUAGUUAUAGCUAGCUUCUUAGCUAAUUUAGCUGGAUCAUUCAAAGUGCAUAUGUUCAUACUACUACAAGCCAUCGGAAUUACAGGCUUUGUUCUAGAAGUUUUACAUAUACACAAGCAAUUGUUAUUUCGAGAUCCUGAAGCAUCAAUGAUCACAGCUCUCCAACAUGCUUUAACAAAUCGUCAGCUAGAGAGCUCAACUCUUGAGAAGAUAGAUGAAAAGCCAGAAGAAGUAGCACCAGAAGCAAGUGAUAAAGACUCUACACCAGAAAUGGAUUCUCCUUCCCCCAUCACACCAGAUACACUCACGAAGAGGGGAAGUUGGACAGGAAAUGAACCAAUUCAAAGUUCUCCGAGACAAGCCAAAAUGUUAUUUAAAACUAGAACGUUAUCUGCCCUUCCAUUACCAAAUCCGAAAACAAAAACUGCUUUCGAAAAUCGACUCUUAGCCUCAUUCAGACAGAGGUCUUUGGAUGAAAAUUACAUCAGAAAUAAUUUUAAUGAUGAUGAGACAGCUCUUUACUUCAAGCUUCUAUUUUUUGGGUGCCUCUGUAUGCUUAUUUGGAAAUAUAUUUGGCUACUGCCUGUUAUGUUGUUCUUUCUAGCGAUUCAUAUUAUUAAGAAAUCGCUUAAUUUCUUUGGUGUUUGGUUAUUCUUUGAGAAUCAAUACAAUAACGUAAUGUCUAAAGUUGGAAGCUGGUGGAAUGACAGAAAAUCAGCUCUUAUCCCAGCUCAAGUCCGAGGCGUUGGAAAGAUGCUGUCAAUCUGUAACAGGAGUGUCAUAGACAUGGCGUACGAGUCAGUGGACACAGUAUCAACUUGUAUUGUGAUCAUUGGACUGAUACUCUUUGUGGCGAUCACGACAAUAUUUAUUUGUAUACAGAUAUAUUCUGAAGCGAUAGUGGUGGUACAACUUAGUGGUAGUCUCUUGAACAGUACUUUUGUUCAGAAUAGCGAACUGCACGCAUACCUACCCGAGGGCUGGGAGGAAAAAUUGGAUUCUCUUAUUGAUAAUGCCUACACUUAUGGACGAGAAGGGAUUUCUACGGGGAUAAUGAGAUACGUUAAAAGCAUUCUCAAAGAAGGUGACCCAGAAAAAAUAGCACGCGUUGAACAACAAGUCUUGGAAAUAUGGGACCGUGUCUAUCAGAGUUGGGUUUCUGGAACGUUUGCUGCACAGUUGGGUCCUCAAGUUGAUGGUUCCGCUGUUCAGGACUCUUGGGAUAAUUUUGUAAACGACGUUGGUGCGCCAGGUUUAUUCGACUACAGCGGAAUUGUAGCUUGGGUGAAAGCAAAUGUUGGGACUCUUAGUGCCAUAGCGACUAAUAUCUGGGCUCCUUUGGCCAGUAACGUGUCUCUGUUGGCCGGGUCUUUGGGUGCCUUCACGUCCUUGUUGCUGUGCGGAGGGGGUGCUAUCAUAAAUAUGUUUAUUAAUCUGGUGGUAUUUUUCACGACGCUGUUCUAUUUGUUGGCUUCGAGCAACGCCCUCUACAAGCCCGUGGAAGUUAUCACUCGGAUUCAACCAAAUUUCGGUCCUAGGCUGGGCAUCGCUUUGUCCGUCGCUAUCAAUCAGGUGUUCAGAGCGUCGUUCAAGAUGGCGCUGUUUUACGGUCUGUGGACGUGGUUGGUUCACAACUUAUUCGGAGCCAAAGUUGUUUAUUUGCCAUCUGUUUUAGCAGCAGUGUUAGGCGCGGCGCCUUUCCUAGGUCCCUACCUAGCUGGUAUCCCCGCCGCUCUGGACGUGUGGCUCCAGGGCCGACCGAUGGCGGCGUGCUUGCUGCCCAUAGCGCAGGCGGCGCCCAUUGCUUUCCUUGAUGCUGCGGUUUACGCCGAGAUAAAAGACGGUGGUCAUCCCUACGUCACGGGCUUGGCUAUAGCCGGCGGUAUCUUCUACUUGGGCCCAGAGGGAGCCAUCCUGGGACCGUUACUCCUGUGUUGUAUUAUGGUGGUGCUGAACUUGUCUUCCACGUUCUUGAGAGAUACUCCGUCUGAAGAACGAGCGGCUCUACACUCGCGUGUCAGGUCGUUGUUGGAAUGUAUUUUAAAGUGAGACUCGGUGCUUAUCUGUGAACAUGCAUGGGCCACUAACAUUAACAAGCGGAGGGAAUUGAAUCUUUAUAAAUAAAAUAAUAUAUAUCAAUGAGCCGUGAGAAAUAAUCUUGGCCUCCUUUGUAAUAAAACAUGAUAAGUUUAAAAAUGAGCUCAUAAAAUAUCAUGUUUAUUACGCA